AUGUUUCCCCAGGGGCGACACCCGACGCCCCACCAGGCUCAAGGCCAGCCCUUCAAGUUCACCAUCCCAGAGUCACUGGACCGCAUCAAGGAGGAGUUCCAGUUUCUUCAGGCACAGUACCACAGUCUCAAGAUGGAGUGUGAGAAGCUGGCCAGUGAAAAGACGGAGAUGCAGAGACACUAUGUCAUGUACUAUGAGAUGUCUUAUGGCCUCAACAUCGAAAUGCACAAACAGACCGAGAUUGCCAAGAGACUAAACACCAUCUGUGCACAAGUCAUUCCCUUCCUCUCGCAGGAGCAUCAACAGCAGGUGGUCCAAGCUGUAGAGCGAGCUAAACAGGUGACUAUGGCAGAGCUAAAUGCCGUCAUCGGGGUACGUGGACUGCCAGGCCUUCCACCUACACAGCACCUAUCCCAUAACCAUGGUGGUGCCCCUGUGCCCCUCACCCCUCACCCUGCCGGCCUCCCCCCCUCUCAGCUAGGUGGUUCAGCUGGUCUCCUGGCCCUAUCAGGAGCACUUGGUGCUAUUCCUCCCCACAUGUUGGGAAAAGAUGGUGGAGAUAAAAAGGCCCACAUGUCCGGACCAGACUCACACCCUUCAGGACCUGAGCACAUGAGAGAGCGAGAGCCCGGCACAAGUAACUCAUUGCUGCCAGAAAGUCUAAGGAACUCGGAUAAGCGACGCAACGGACCUGAGUUUUCAAAUGACACCAAGAAACGCAAGGUGGAUGACAAGGACUCUAGCCACUAUGACAGCGACGGGGAGAAAAGCGAUGAUAAUUUAGUGGUGGAUGUCUCAAAUGAGGAUCCAGCCUCCCCUCGUGGCACGCCUCUCCCCUCCCCUAGAGAAAAUGGCCUGGAUAAAGCCCGUCUUCUCAAGAAAGACCCCUGUAGUCCAGCUUCUACUGCAUCAUCAGCCAGCUCUUCUUCCCUCAAGUCCAAAGAGAUGACAAUGCGAGACAAGGCAGGCACACCUGGACUAAAGUCAAGCACACCCACACCUAGAGGUGACUCCACCCCUGGUCCGAGCUCCACUCCUGGGAUCCGGCCCAGCCUAUCAAAGCCCUCGUCCAUGGAGAUACCACAUCCAGCCACUGCAGGUUUGCGGACCCCCCUGGCUGUACCAGGCCCAUACCCGGGUGCAUUUGGUAUGUUGCCCCAUGCAGCAGGGAUGAACGGGGAGCUGGCAGGUGCAGCCGGAGCUGCGGCCUAUGCUGCUGGAUUACACAACAUGUCACCUCAGAUGAGUGUUGCUGCCGCAGCUGCUGUGGCUGCGUACGGCCGUUCACCCAUGGUUGGUUUUGAUCCUCAUCCUCAUAUGCGAGUUCCUGGAAUGCCUCCCAGUCUGACAGGAAUCCCAGGUGGCAAACCUGCUUAUUCUUUUCACGUGGCGGCCGAUGGACAGAUGCAGCCGGUACCGUUCCCCCCGGAUGCUUUGGUGGGCCCAGGGAUUCCUCGCCACGCCCGUCAGAUCAACACACUGAACCAUGGAGAGGUGGUGUGCGCUGUUACCAUCAGUAAUCCCACCCGACACGUUUACACAGGAGGGAAGGGUUGCGUCAAGGUCUGGGACAUUAGUCACCCAGGAAACAAGAGCCCAGUGUCACAGCUGGACUGUCUGAACCGAGACAACUACAUCCGCUCCUGUCGUCUCCUUCCUGAUGGUCGGACGCUGAUUGUGGGAGGUGAGGCGAGCACGCUGUCAAUCUGGGAUUUGGCCACGCCUACUCCCAGGAUUAAGGCAGAGCUAACAUCAUCAGCACCAGCGUGUUACGCUCUGGCCAUCAGCCCGGACUCCAAGGUCUGCUUCUCUUGCUGCAGCGAUGGAAACAUCGCAGUCUGGGAUUUACACAACCAGACACUCGUUAGGCAGUUCCAGGGCCACACAGAUGGAGCCAGCUGUAUUGACAUCUCCAAUGAUGGCACUAAGCUGUGGACCGGAGGCCUCGAUAACACAGUCCGCUCCUGGGAUCUUAGAGAAGGACGGCAGCUGCAGCAGCAUGACUUUACAUCACAGAUCUUCUCUCUUGGCUACUGUCCGACCGGAGAGUGGCUUGCUGUGGGAAUGGAGAGCAGCAACGUUGAGGUCCUUCACGUCACCAAGCCUGACAAAUACCAGCUUCAUCUACAUGAAAGCUGUGUACUCUCCCUACAGUUUGCCUAUUGUGGUAAAUGGUUUGUGAGCACAGGAAAGGAUAACUUACUGAAUGCAUGGAGAACACCCUAUGGAGCCAGCAUAUUCCAGUCUAAAGAAUCCUCCUCGGUGUUAAGCUGUGACAUAUCUGUGGAUGACAAAUACAUUGUCACUGGUUCAGGGGACAAGAAGGCCACUGUUUACGAGGUCAUCUACUAAAUCUAUGGAAAGAAGGCCGGGACAUUUGCUCUUUCCCACACACCAGAUAUGUUUCUAGACAUUUUCAAGUGGAGCGAGAAAUCACAGACGAGUGACCUUAAUGGCACAUUCUUAUUUCUGUUACAUCUGCCGAGGAGAUGCAGAAAGGAGACAAACAUUUUACAUGCACAUAUCUGUUGUGCAUUUCAGCGGGGAAUUAACUGGAGCAGCUGGAUGUUUAAUAGGAGAGGACCUAUUUGGAUGUUGUCUCAACUGCUUAUUGCUACGGACUGCACUGGGAUCAGUUACAGGGACCAGACAAUGACUGAACCAAAUGGGGCACUGCAUUGUUUUGACUGGGACCAGCUCUUCUGGAGAACACAGGGCUGAACAUCAGAUUUUAAAACAUAUUUGAUUCAGUGUCAGGACCAUGGGCAGAGACCCUAGAACGAACACUCAAACCAGAUGGUUGAUUACGUCAACAAAUGGCAGGCGGAAAGAGCAGAUUGUGGACAGAAACUGACAAAAUAAUGGAGAGAUGGAGGACAGUGAAUGCAAAACAUGUUGGUUUGUUGCAGACAGACAAUGCUCACAGCCUGUUGAUCUCUCAGCUCUAACUCUUUGACCUUAGAACCUCAGCUUGCUGUUCUGAUACGCCUACACUGUCUGAAAAGUACCUUUUCUGUUAACAGUGAGUCCUAUCCUCACUAAACUGCACUGUAGUGGUAGCUGUCCACUUACAUGCUUAGUACACACACAGUAACAAUAACAGUUUUAAACAUAUUGAAGACCAUGUUGACUUGUCUAGCAUCAUGCUGUUGUUGGUUUCUGUGAUGGGUUAGUUUGAUCCUUAUGAAGCAAAGUUGUUUUUAUAAUUCCUACCCAUUUCAGAUGAAGCCAGAAAGUAUUCUUGACUUUGGAGAACAAUUAGCUCACCAAAGCAAAUACGUUUCCAGAGCAGAAGACUGUACUCUUAAUUGUUUUUACAGAGGGCUUAACUCUCAGACCUUUUUUCCUUUGUUUUUUGUGAUCCUGCUUGUAAGAUCAAUUAGUGAAAACCUGAAGGGUAAACAUUUUUUCAAUUAAUCCUCAAAUUCCAUUGAUCCUCCUUUUCUAUUGUAUCUGGUUCAACAGAUUAAUUCCCCACUUAUAUUUUUCACAUGGAUGUACUCCACAAGCAACAUAAGCCUUCAUGCUGUAAUUCCUUCGGUUAACUUUAUAGCCCUUACGCUAUAUACUUGAGCCACAGUGUGUGUCAUCAGCUGCACAUGUUGAUAGAGCCACAUUUCAGAAACUCAGUAGUGAUAGUUGGUCAGCUAGAUACAGCUUCAUAUUUACAAAUAGCCUCUUUGAUAUGGUCUCUUUUACAAUAAGUUGAUUGGUUGAGGUCAUACGGAUUAAAAAGAAUAGCCUCAAAUUAAAUUAAGGGGCAACCCCUUAAUUUGAAAUAAAAAUAACAGUUUUUGAUUACUGUCUUCAGCAUUGUAAAUUCACCCAGCCCCUGCCUUCAUCACUCUUUGAAACACAUGAUGUCUUACUGUAUGGGUGGUUAAUCAUGCUUCAUAAACAGGGACCAACUAUACUUCUAAAAAGAUCAUGUUGACAAGUAAAUUAACCUUGUGUUUAAACAAGUGAAAGUCCAUUCUACCAUAUUCACUAAAGAAACCUCUUAAAAACAGAAUUGCCUUUUUUUUUAAUUAUUUAAAUAGUGAUACUUGUUUCUGCUAAUAUUUUUAAAAGUGGGACAUUUGUGAAAUUGCCUUCAAAGUACAACUGUGUCAUGUUGUCCUUUCACUUUACAGAAGAUUUAAGACAAGCAAGAUUCAAUUAUUUGUCAAGAUAGUCUUACAGAGAAAGGUGCAGUGGUAUUUCAGCUAUAGGAAGAGUCAGUCAGUUUCAGCCAUUUUAAACUCAUUAAUUUCAUGUCCUUGUGCUUAGUUUUUUUUUUUUUAAAUCUAUUUUUGUUUGUUGAAUGUUUGUAAAAAUGUAUAUAUGUUUUGUUUUUGUUUUUUUACAUGACAUGCUUUAGAAAUAACAAACUGUUUUUGUACGUCUUUUACAUGGAACAUGUCUAAUCAGGAGAAAUACUUAAUGGUCUUAAUGCUUGCUAAUCUAAAAUGAUUGAAAUAUCUAGACAAUAAAUGUUUUGUUUUUUUUGUAA